AUGCACCGGAGGCAGCGGGAUUUGAUGCCAGACCACGACUGUGGGGCUAAAGCCCCCCACCCCGUCCCCGGGUUGGCUCGGGGGGGAGCGUUCACCCUGCCGGGGCUCUCCCUGCCGCUGCCACCCACCCCAAGGCCCCGGCAGAGGUGCAAGUUCUUCAGCCUGACGGAGACCCCCGAGGACUACACCAUCAUGCUGGACGAGGAGGGCUUCAAAGAGCUGCCGCCCUCCGAGUUCAUGCAGGUAGCAGAUUCAACAUGGCUGGUGCUCAGCGUCGUCUCCAAUGGCCGGGCGCCCUCCGGCUGCCAGGCCACCGGUGUCACCAAGAUCGCCAGGUCGGUCAUCGCGCCGCUGGCCGAGCACCACGUCUCGGUGCUGAUGCUCUCUACGUACCAGACCGACUUCAUCCUGGUGCGGGAGCGGGACCUGCCGGUGGUGAUCCACACGCUGGCGGGGGAGUUUGACAUCUACAAGGAGGAGAGCGGCGAGUGCGUCCCCGUCACCUGCGAUGACGUGAGCAACGGCUUCCUCAAGCCCAAGCCGGCCGCAAGCCCCACGCUGCACCCCGUGCAGAGCCCCCAGACCCGCUUCUGCGUCCUGACCGUGGCCCCCGACACGCUGCCCGCCAUCGCCACCAUGCUCAUUGACGUCCUCUUCUACUCCCACAGCCCCCCGAGGGAGGCUGGCGCCGGCAGCCAGGACCUCGACUCCAUUACAUUCUUCGCCUUCUCCCUCAUCGAGGGCUACAUCUCCAUCGUGAUGGACGCCGAAACCCAGAAGCGGUUCCCCAGCGACCUGCUGCUGACCAGCUCAACGGGGGAGCUGUGGCGGAUGGUGCGGAUCGGCGGGCAGCCCCUGGCUGUCACCAAAGGACUCUUCAUCCUCUGGGCGGUGCCGGGCCAGGGGGGGAGGCCCCUGCAGCCCCCCACCCUGCAGCAGAUCCAGGCGCUGGUGAGGCACAUGGCCGAGGACGCGCAGGAGCUUUUCGCCUUCUAUGUGAGUCCCCUUCCCCAGGGAGGAGGACCAGCACCUGUCAACAACCUCUGCCGCAACAACCGCCCGCCUGAGUGGCUGCGGGGACCAGUGAUGGUGCCCGGGGGGGUGCGGGGGACCAUGGCCCGCAUGGCCCAGGCGCUGCAGGACAUCACCCGGCACCACCGCGACCUCAACCCCCCCGGCGCCGAAAUCCUUCGCCGCUUGGCCAGCACCCACCUGAAGGUCUUCCGGCAGAAGCUGGAGGGGUGCCGGAUCCUCUGGAGCUACGCCCGCUUCAUGGCCAAGCUCAGCGCCCAGCUGGAGGCCAGGAGCCGCCGAGCGCGCCGGGAGAAGCGGAGAUCGCGCCGGGGCUCACGGUUGUCCGCACGCUCCUAG